AUGGGGCUGCGCUGGUUUUCUCUUGGGCUUGCAGAUGCAACGCCUACAGUGACAAUUCCUUUCGUCGCGGAUGCUCCCGACUACUUCAAAGGCUAUGGAGGCAAGAUCGUUGGCGCAACCAACGAUAUGACAACAUACGCCAUCAACUGUCUUCCAGACAGCGAGUCGUGCCACGCCUUCACGCCCGAUUUGACCGUGGUCUAUGGUCCAAGCACAUACGGUCUCACUGCUCAGGGAAUGCGGUUUGAUCUGACCUCUGAUUGCACACUCAUCGGCUCCCCGACCCCUACGCAAGCAACCUGCAUCAAAACCACACACGCCCACGCGCCUGACUUGGUUCGGAUCGCUACUGUGGCUGUCCCAGACGCGAAAGAGUCCACCCUCGGCAUUUACCCAGCGCCUUUGCCUGUGACUGAUACUGGAUCUUUCGCUGGGCCUGUCAGCGUUGCUUCAACCGACGCGACUCCUACAGCCCAAGUCGCCGAUAGUGACACAUCUACAACCGCAGAUGGGAACUCGGCCACGACCGAUCCCCCGGCCUCUAUUUAUUCUGUUGAAAGUGGAGGUUAUACUGUGGCCGGGACUUUAGUUCCUGCUAGUUCUGCCUUGACUCGACACCACAAUGGAACGGGCAAUGCAACGGGCAUUGCCGCCAAUGGCACUGUGACCGUUACGCGAACCGUCACAGCUCUUCCCAGUGACGUGAGAUGUCAGUGCGAGUGUGAUAGCAAGAGCACGAUCUCUCAGAGCCCACCACAAAGCGCUUGUACAUCUGCGACGAAGAACUACGCGACAAAAUGGGGACCACCCGUGGCGUUGAUCUGGAAGGCGAUGCCUAUCGCUGUAUUCUUGGCCAGGCUGUGA